AUGGUAAUCUAUUGCUGUGCAGAAGUUGGAUAUCAUAGUCGGAGAUCUAUCUAUCUAUCUAUCUAUCUAUCUAUCUAUCUAUCUCAGACUGUUCAUAUAAAUCUAUCUAUCUAUCUAUCUAUCUAUCUAUCUAUCUAUCUAUCUAUCUCAGACUGUUCAUAUAAAUCUAUCUAUCUAUCUAUCUAUCUAUCUAUCUAUCUAUCUAUCUCAGACUACUGUUCAUAUAAAUCACUCUAUCUAUCUAUCUAUCUAUCUAUCUAUCUAUCUAUCUAUCUAUCUAUCUAUCUAUCUCAGACUGUUCAUAUAAAUCAAUCUAUCUAUCUAUGUAUCUAUCUAUCUAUCUAUCUAUCUAUCUCAGACUGUUCAUAUCUAUCUAUCUAUCUUAGUCUGUCCAGAUCUAUCUUCUGUUCAUAUCUAUCCACCGAUAUUAAUCGGUUCCUAUCUAUCUAUCUAUCUAUCUAUCUAUCUAUCUAUCUAUCUAUCUAUCUAUCAACACAUAAAUACGCAAACACUUAA